AUGCAAACAAAGAAGAUGUCAUCAAGAUCCCUCUUCUCACCAAAGGAAGAUGAGAAACUUAUUAUGCUAGUUGAGAGAUGCGGAAAGAAAGUUGACUGGAGAACAAUCUCAUUUGAUAUGGAAGGACGUACUCCUCGUCAAUAUAGAGAAAGAUAUAAUAACUACUUGAAUCCUAACCUUAACAAGCAGGAAUGGACUCACUUUGAGGACGAAAUCUUAAUCAGUCAGUAUAAUAAAAUUGGCAGUAAGUGGCAACAGAUCUCUGAAAUGUUUGCAGGACGUACUGUUGCAGCUGUCAGGAACAGAUUUCUUCUCUUGAAGAAGAAACAAAAUUCCAAUUUUUCCAGAAGCGACUCCACUACUGAUUCUGAAUACGAUAUGAAGUCCGAGGUUAAAACAGCAAUUGUUCAACAAAUCCCCCUUCCUCUCUUCGAAAUACCUAAGGAUAGUAUUUUCUACUGCAAUGUUUAA